UUUUGCAGAGUUGCUGCAGCUGUCUGAGCCUCCAGGAACAACAGGGUUCAACAAACAUAACGAUGGGACUGGUCCAGUUUCUGUGCGCUUUCAUCACCAGGUCGUUUUUUGUGCUCGUUGCCAUGAUCGGGGUGUUCAGAGUGGCAGAGGUGAAGAAAGAUACCAAGUACUGGUUACUGACUUUGCUCUUCUUGCCGCUUGUGGUUGAAAUGAUAAUAACGCUGAAGAGGAGGAAGGGGAAGGAUUACAAAUGGGUUUCUCCUCCCAUCUUUCUAUUUCUUCUUAGUAUCAUUCCCUCCAUCUGGAUCCUUGAGCUGGACCACCGGCAGCCCAAAGACAGCAACUCUGAGUGCAAAAAGCUUGACUCCUGGGAUAAUGUAAUAAAUGCCGUCACUCUACAUAACAGGACCAUGCAAAACCAGACGUUGGUGGAGAAUCUGAAGGCAUUAAAUAAUAUGGUUUCAUCUAUUUGCUCCAAUACCUGGAUCCUGGCUCUUCACCAGAUUGUGCUCAUCCUCCUCAUUUUGGGGAAGUGGCUUCUCCCGUUGGGAGGUGGGAUCACAAGAAAUGAGCUGUCCCAGCUUCUUCUAAUCUUCGUUGGAACCGCCGCGGACAUCCUUGAAUUUACUAGUGAGACGCUGUCAGAUAUCAAAAACGACAGCCUUCAGCCGGUCUACAUCAUCUUAUCUGUUUGGACUUGGAGCAUGUUGCAAUUUCCUUUGCAUCUGUCUGUGGUCAACUCUAAGUCAGACACUAGUGAAGGUGGUGAAGGAGUCCAAGAAGAAUCCCUGCUGUCCAAGCACAGCACAGACAUAUGGAGCAUCGUGGAGACCUUGUUUAUCCAGGACGGCCCUUUUCUGGUGGUUAGGGUCACUGUCUUGACUUACUAUAAAGUCUUCCACCAGAUGCUCGUUUUCUUUACCUUAAAGAACUUUCUGGUCGUACUACUGAACUUUUAUAGGUUGGCUGUUAUAUGCCAGGACUACAGAUCCCCUGACCGUAGCUCAGGAAGCGCCAUUACUGACCUAUGAGUGGGAUUUAGUGGAACAGUUUACUGGAGAUGGAAACAUGGACUAUCGAAAAUAUUGCAGAAAAUAAAUUGGUAAAAGAGUUGUGAUUAAUUCAUGCUGUUAAGACUUGAAAAGCCUUUUCUUAACCUCUGUGCUUGGAUGAAGUUUGCACUUUACAUUUGACCACCAAGUUAUUCAAAAGCUCAUAUUUUACUUUGAUCACAUUUCAGUCUCUCUGAAAGGAAGUCAACUUCAUCCACACCUAGAUAUCGUCAAGUGCAUAUGAACAAGUCAUUGUAAAACUUUACUAGACAACAGAUCUGCUCUUUGGUGCAGCAGCAGGUUAAAAUGUAUAUAUAUAUAUAUAUAUAUAUAUAUAUAUAUAUAUAUAUAUAUAUAUAUAUAUAUAUAUAUAUAUAUAUAUACACUGUAUGCGUAUGUAUACAUAUAGAACCAAACACAACACAAAAAGUAAGGAAAUUUGUGUUUGGUUGAUUCUUUCUUUUUUGUUCUUGUUUUUAGAGAUGAAAAUAGCAAAAAUGAAGAUGUACUCAGGUCAGAAGCUUUGAGCUUCUUGUAUGACACAGAUAUUAAAACUUGGUCUUACACUAAUACCGAUGGGAUCUUUGCGGUCCUCGGUUUACACCAAGAUCACACAUUUUGCAGUACAUUUUUUUUUCAAAGACUAUUGUGAUUUUUUGUUGUAUUUUUCUUUUUUAUUGUUUACAGAAACUACCAACUAAAAUUGCUGUAUCCCGAAAAAGUAUUAUUUUUACAUUUCAUGUGUUAAUCAUUUUCUCAGAAAUAUAUCUUGAUGAAAUUACUUGUAGACAAGCACACGUUCCAACACAUACAUCGGUGCUUCAUGGUGGAUGUUCUGAGGCAUUUGCUGUUUUACUGUAUUUUACUGUGACAUAUAUCUGUUGCAUCCGUAUCGCUUUAUAUGUAAAAAAAAGAAC